ACAAUAAACAAGCAUCGACCACUUCCAAAGAGCCAGGAUCAUCUCUUGAAUUGUCUAAAACGUCAAAAUUCUAGUCCAACAAACACAAGAUAUUUCAAUCAGUGCUUCAGUAAAGAUGCGACACUCCAAGAAGAUGCAGGUUGCCGAUGGCGAUGAUCAUUACACGCCCAGCAAAAAGUCACAAACUUCAAGAAAAGGCAACGGAUCAUCUGGCAAACAACUCCAACAAUUAUACAGACUAUAUGAAGAUGCCAUGGAAAUUUACAACCAAUCCGCCCUAGCUAAGGCAAUUGAAGAUAUGCUGCGAACAAAAAACCGACCGCGCAUUACCAAGAUUGUUUCGCUGGGCCUGGGCAGCUUGUUGGACACUAAGGACCAACAACGACGCAUCAAACAGUUGGUUGUGCUGAUGGCGAUCGCAUCUCAUCUAACGUUAUCAACGAGCGAUAACAGCAAAUUGAGAAUUUACGCACAAGACCCAACAUUCACAGCUGCCGACGAGACCUUUCUCCAGAGUCUCGAUAUAUCUGUACUAAAAACACCAUCAAUUGCGAAUCUGGGUGAGGCUGGACGAAUGAUGGACGAGGAGACACUUGUCUACAGCCCAUUCCUCACGCUUGAGACAUACAAACUCCUGUUAUCUUCAUCGCAAUCCUCAGAGGGAACAGUCAGAGCACCAAUAUUGGUCAGCGACGACUUCAACGCGCUGAGAUUAAAAUGGGACAAGCGCACGACGGAGCGAAAAGACGUGGAGGGGUUAAUUCAGGGGGCACGCGAAUAUCGUCGGCGCGCAGUUAGUGGGGAGGGGUUCUGGACGCAGGCGGAUCGUCCAUUUCCCAUGGCCCUGUACUGGAGACAGUCACAAGCCCGGGAUGUGGGCGCUGCCCGAAACACGAUAAGAUCGGAAUCUUCCUUCUCACGAUUUGAGCAUCGCGCGAUCCCGAUACAUGCUUAAAUCAUGUCUAACGGGAGACGUCCGAGGGAGUCAUGAUUGGUGAGGUCUCAGAGAUCAGACACUUUUUGUCCUCCCUCGCAUCCUGAGGAAUUUCUGAUACGGUACCAAGAAUGCAAGGAGUUCAGAUCGGGGCGAAUAACCUGGAUGCAUUUCAGCCUUAAAUUGUGGUCUCAUUAGCGAUAGUCACAGCGAUAGAGUAGCGAUGAAUUUUUUUUUUAACUCUGGUUAGACUCAUUUGAC